GACGAGUUGGCGAGGGAUCUCUUCUUAUAGGGAGUGCAUUCAUUUACGCAGUGUUUUGUGCAUCCAUUGUUUUUUCAUCUGCUUGUCCCGUGAUCGAAAUUUACCGAAUAGAUAACUGCGUGAAUAACUGCACGGAUCAUACCUUCCAAUAGAAAUUGAGCCGAUUGUUUGAAUGAUAAUACUGCAAGCAGAGCAUCCAAAGCAGGACUUCCGAGAUAGCACACAGAUGAGAUACAUCCCUGCGAAACGAACGACGACUGCGCUGCAGUCACUUUCACAAAUGAAGUAAACGAACAUCUGCGAUAGUGACUGCAUAAACGAAUGCAUCCUUUGCAUCGCAAAAAUAUGGGAAGAAAGAACACAGCAGAAUCUUUAGAACGCUGUGCACAGAGGAGACAAUGGCGAAAUAAUCAAAUUUAUUCGAUUGGCCCAAUCAAUUUGUCAGAUUAUAUAGAGCGAAUCCAGAUAUUAUGAUGGAAUUGAUAGAUGUUUUGGGACCAAGAUUACAACGUCAACGUCUAUAUAUGGUCUCAAUGUUGAACAUCAGCAUCAAUCAAGGUUAUUUUAGUCUCCAUGGAAGCAGCCAUUUUUGUGUUCUAACUGCUUUACCUCACUGGUGCAGUAGCCGCAACAGGAAGUACGUCAAAAUCAAUGACGUCAUAGAAUUCAAGGCAGUACUUUUGGAGUGCACUACUCUCUAUAUCGGAACGUUAUUCGUAGUACUGACAGUACUCGGAGGGAAUAAAGGAACGCACCCUUUGAUGCAAAUUGCAAUUUUAAUAAUUUACUUAAAAAUGUCGAUAGAUGAUGAUCAAGGAAUGUUACUUUGUACUCCACGACGAGCACAAAAAUGUCUUUUUGCAACAUCCAAUGAUAAAUCUGACAAAAGAACUAUUAUUCCAAGUGUAGAGCAAAUUGAAGACAACAAAGAAUCUUCAGAAGAUUCAGAUUUGGGACCUAUGUCACCUCUAGCUCUCACUGAUCAAAGUCCAAGUCUCAGCAAUUCGAGUCUUAGCUCUUCAGGCAGAGAAUUUAUUUCUCCAUUUGCAACACCUGAAAAAUCGCUCACUUAUAGCCCAUCUUUAUCUUGGGAUCGUCUAAGGUUUAACAUGCAAGAACAUAUGUCGCCCUUUACAGCACUUAAGAUGGUCACCAAAGCUGCCAGAUAUUCUCCAAGAUGUAAGUUAUUCAAUGACCGCUCAUCAAAAUCGCUACCGGCUACUCCAAAUAAGAAUGUGGAACCAUUGAUGCCACAACAUUUGACAAAGAUUGUGGAGCAAACAAAUGAGAUAAUACCAGAGACACCUCAACGAAACUUUGCUACAGAAAUACAGAACCAAAAUAUCACGGAAACACCUCGAAAGGGAAGAACUCCCGAGAGACAGAUAACGCCAUCAAUCUCCAUAAGUAAAACAGUCCCAUUGCCGAAGUUACACAAGCGGAAAUUUAGCAUUGAAAUAAGCAAAGAUUUCUCACCGGAACAAAAGGAGAAUACAUUGAAAAGACACGCGCGUGAUCAGUCGGCAGGAAAACCGACAAAAUUAGCGAAGCUGUUUAAGGCAGACGAUGCCUCUGUUCCUAGAGCGAGAGCAUCAUUGUUUCAGGAAAGGAGAAACGAAUGUAGCAGCCUGAAGAAUUUUUCAUUAAGUACGAAAAUGUUUUACAGCGGCAACAUCAAGUCCGAACGACCCUUUAGCAACUUUAGAAAUAGCGACGUUAAAAGGAGACGAACUUUACCCCCACAAAGCAAUAUCAAACAUUCAUCAUUAAGAAAACGAAAAUAUGGUAGAAUAAACGCUGGCGUGUGCCACGGAAUCAAAAAGCCGAAACCUAAGGUGAAUAUAGAAACGUUAAAAAAGAAGGAACAACAAAAUCUUGCACCUUCGACGAACAAGAGCUCGUCUAUGGAAGAAGCGCUGUCAAUGAAAAUGAACACAAUUGUAGAGAAACCACUCUCACCAAUGAUUGACGAGACUAAGCGAUUUUUCAAAACUAAUAGAACUAUCAGAUUAAAUCACGCUGCUACAGUGACGGUAAAUAACAAGAUUAAAUUAAAGGUCACAGAUGGUAAAAUUAUAUUGAAAGAAAAUCAAAAUCAGAAACGUAUUCCCUCUACGAAGAAAGAUCAUAAGCAAAAGUCAAGUCCCGUGGAUGUCCCUUUGGAUGCCACUGAUUUGACUGUCGAUGAACCAGAGGUUGAAACUUUGUUACAGCAAGACAAAGUUGAUGAUCUUCUGAAAAUUCUGGAGGAUGAUUGGUCGAAUGACGAUUAUGAUACUAUGGGAACAUUGACUGACACAGUGAACGCUGUUUCUCCAUUAAAAUCAACGACGACGAAGAUAUUGUCGAAAGAUAUGAUUAUGUCUCCAGCUACUGAACUUAGCAACAUGACUUCGACGAUGAACAUCAAAGAUGCUCCAUUGAAAAGUUUUCAAAAUCUUUCACUUGAUAACACGAAUAAUAACAAAAAGGAAACUGAAAAAGAAAAUGCUAAGAAAAAAUAUUUUCCAUUGUUUACAAAAGGAUAUUCUGUACCUGAUAACAUUUUCGAAGAGACAAAUAAUGCGAAUACAACAAAAGCAACAAAAAAAAGUAUGCAGUGGCAGUUGUCUGCGAAAGGUGGUGGUGCGGAAGAUCAGUAUCAGUUAGAUGCUGGUCAGAAACAUUUCGGCGCUACUCAGUGUCAGGAAUGUAAUGUUGUCUAUCAACUGGGCAAUCCUGAGGAUGAAAACGCUCACUUGAAUUAUCACAACAGCAUACGAAUUUUAAAAUUUCAGGGAUGGAAAAACGAACGUGUUAUAUCAGAGGAUCCUUUCACGUCUAGCAGAAUAAUCUUAAUCGAGCCACAUGAUCCUAAACAACAUUGGAAGAAAGUAUUGGAGAUUUUAACUGUUGUAGAUAGAGACUUGGGAUUAACAGAUAUGAAUAUUUCAGAAUAUCAGAACAAAAACAUCUUUCUGUAUAUACGUGAAAAAACGAUUCUCGGAGUACUGGUGGCAGAACAUAUUGAAAAAGCAUUUCGCAUAAUUCCCGAGCUAAUCGAACUCAACUGUUGCACCGAUGAGAGUACACCUACGAAAUGCGGCAUAAAUGUUGUUUGGACUGCGAUGAGUCAUCGCAAACAGGGUAUAGCCACUAAACUUGUUGAUACUUUGAGAACUAAAUUCUUUUAUGGUUACGUGAUGUCGAUGGAUGACAUAGCGUUUUCAAUACCGACUCCAGGUGGCAAGAUCUUUGCCGAGAAGUACACGAAAACGCGAAGCUUCAAGAAUGGACAGCUGCUAAAUCAAGUGAUCCGACAAAUACUUGAAGCGGAUUUUUCAUAUAUGAUUGAGCUAAACGUCUUACACCCUGAGGCCAUGUAGCGCUGACCAAAAAA